UGAGCGCGGUGUUAAGCCUGGGACCGUCCGGUGUGGAUUCGUUAUAUUUAGUGGCUGCUCGGUGUUGCAGCGUGGGAGUCGCAGGAGCCUGCUCCCAGCUCGAGGAGGACGCGCCGCUCAGCCAAGAGACCUACUUUACCCAAAGCGCUGGUGCGCAGAGAGCCCUUCUUUUUAGGCUUUACGGUAAACGCGGGGACAGAUAGUAUAGCGCGGCCGAGCCUCCGCUUGUCAACCCGGGGGGGGGGGGGGGAGAGACGCAGCGCAUCCGCACGGGGAGCUUCCUUUCCCCCGUCAGCGUCUGGCGGAUCCCUCGCCGGCGUUUGGAUACGUUAACAGAAACGGCCUGGCCCGGCCCGUCGGUCGGUCGGUCGGUGGUCAACAACCGGAGAUGGCCAGCCCCGCGGCUGACCCAGACGUACCGAGUACCCAGCAGGACCGGCCGGAGCCAGCUGAGCCGAGCCAUCCCGAACCGGCCUGCCAAGAGGCGCAGAAAUGGAUAGAGGCGGUGACCGGGAGGAGUUUUGGGGACAGGGACUUCCGCAGCGGACUGGAGAAUGGCAUCCUGUUGUGCGAGCUCCUGAGUGCUAUCAAACCAGGGGUGGUCAAGAAGAUCAACAGACUACCUACCCCCAUUGCUGGGCUGGACAACCUGACAGUGUUCUUGAGGGGCUGUGAGGAGUUGGGCCUGAAGGGCUCCCAGCUGUUUGAUCCAGGGGACCUGCAAGACACCUCCAUACGAGCCAACCUCAGAGAUUCAGACUGCAACAGGAAACUCAAGAAUGUGCUGAACACGGUGUUCUGGCUGGGGAAGGCCGCCAACGGCUGCGCCUCCUACAGCGGCCCUACUCUCAACCUCAAGGAGUUUGAAGGACUGCUCGCUCAAAUGCGGAUGGAGAGCGAGGAGGGAGGGGAGGGCGCGCAGAAGCGCGGCGUGAGAGACAGCGGCUACGACUGCUGGGACUCGGAGAGGAGCGAGUCGCUCUCGCCGCCACGGCACACUCGCGACAACUCCCUGGACAGCCUUGACUCCUUUGGCUCCCGAUCGCAGCACAGCCCCUCUCCUGACGUUGUCAACCGGGUCAGUGACGGGCGAGGCAGUGACUCAGAGGCUGAUGGCCCUAACAGGAAGCCAGAUGUGCGGAGGGACGACAUGUUGGCCCGGCGGACUGCCAGCAGCGAGUCGAGAACCUUCGUUCCUUUUAACCAAUUUCUGCCCAACCGGGCCAAUGCCAGCUCCUACAUCCCCGCGCCGCGCCGCAAACCCCGCGCAGAGGAGGGGGAGCAGAGGAGCCAGGUAGAUGGAGUUGACCACACACAAAAUCCAACGUCCUCUACUGACCUACCAUCUUGGAUGCCUGAAGUGCUUCCCAGGCCUACUGAUCUGGAUGCACGUCUGGCGCAGUAUGAGAAAAGGGCAAAGGAAGAGGAGGAAGAGGAGGAGGAAGAAGAGGAGAGGGUGCCAGAUCUCCAGAAAGAUGACAUGAUGGCUAGGAGGACCAGGGCGUUCAAAAAGUCAGGUUCUGCUGUGACGACUUACAACCGCUUUCUGCCACUGCCGGCCUCCAAACGCUGCACACAAGAGGAGGUCACUGUUGACGCCGCGCCUCGAAACAAGAGGGAAGUGCAGGCGGAAAGGAAUAAGAAAUUGAAUACAAGAGCGGCGCAACAGCAGCCUCUAGGUCCCGUGGAAACGCCUCCACCACGCUCUGACAUGAUGGUGAUCCGGGCAACCUCUCAUAAUGACAAUGAUGAGGAAGAGGCUGAUGAGUAUGACGAAAAUGGGCCCUUGCCUGACCCGGAGAAGGAUGAUAUGAUGACCCGGAGGACCGGAACUUCCCAAAAAUCCACGUCAGGGGGAGCGAUUCACUCAUUCAACCAAUUCUUGCCAACUCCUGGGUCAGUUAAGCUUAAAAACAGCCCUUUGCCGAGAGCAAACCAGGUGAACAACAGACCUAAGCUGGCAGACAAGAUGCCCAGUGACAGCAGCUUUGCUACUGGGGCCGCCGAACCCCGGACCCUGCCCUCCAAAGCCCCGACCAGGAAGAAUAUAGGAAUCAGGGAGAAAGAGGAGGAGGAGGGGAAAAAGCAAGGGGGAGACGAAACGAUCCCUAACACCUCUGUCGCAACUAUAUCUGAACCCGCCUCCUCUCCAUCUGUCAGCCCUCCUCUGCCCAUUCCUCCUGCUGCCCAGAAUUGCAGCGUGGAAACACAUGUGGGGAAAAAGAUCUUCGAGGAGAAGGCUGAGGAGCGAGCUGAAUAUCAGGUAGAGGAGAAGGUUGAGGAUGAGGUUGAGGACAAGGUUGCAGAGAGGACUGAGGAGAAGGCUAAGGAGUGGAGGAGGAUUAGUGGUGGGCGCCCAAUGAGAAGACCCCAAUGGCUGGAGGAAGAUGAUCUACCCCCCAUGAUGAUGAGUCGACGAGUUGCUUUUAUGUCUGAGGACACUGAGAGUAUGAGUAUGGGUGACAUGCUUAGCGAGGAGGAGGUGGGACAUAUCCAGCCGCUGAGCCGAUCCCGCUUCGAGCGCAUGCACGAGCAGUACAGCAACUAUGAAGACGAGGAGGACCAGUGGCAAGACGAUCUGGCCCGCUGGAAGAACCGCCGCCGCAGCGCCUCCCAGGAGCUGAUCAAGAAAGAGGAGGAGAGGAAGAGGAUGGAGAAAAGGCUGAAGGAGGAGGGGAGUGACAGUAACAAGAGGAAGAGCAUCAAGACCUACAGAGAGAUUGUGGAGGAGAAGGAGCGUAGGGAGGUGGAUUUAUGUGAAGCUUAUAGGAAGGCAAAAACUCCAGAGGAAGCGGCGAUGGUUUUGCAGCGCUAUGCUCUUCGUUUCGCUAUCAGCGAUGCCACCUUGGACAGCCUGAAACUGCCCCGAUCCACCUCAUCCGAGUUCAACCUAAUUCUGCAAGAUCAGGAGCAAAACCCCACUGACUCCAUCACUGACUCCGAGGCCUCGGACGCACCGCACAAGCCAGAACAAACUGACAGAGUAGAUCCUUGCCCGACACAUGACGAUAUAAACACAGACGCACAAGAAGAACCAGUCGCCCUCUCGCCAAGACCCGAAGCACAAAACAUUCCCUCUGCCUCGGUCACACACUCGCGACAAACACCGCCUCAACUCCAAGAACUGAGGGCGUCUCAACCCCACAGCACACAGUCUCCAACUCUAUAUGCACAACCGGGUGCACAAGAUGCACAGCCCCAAGCCAAACAAGCACCACCCGCAAUGGCACAAGGGCAGCCCCAGCCCAUGCAACCUCUGCACACACACUCGUCCCCUCUGGCUCCACCUUGUAGACCCGUCCCGCUGCUCAGCGCCAAGCCCUACUGCCAGCCCAGAAGCACAUACUCCGGACAAAAGUCUGUCAAGGCGGACGGCUUGGUGCGUGUGAAUGGCGAGGUGACAGAGGAGGUGAUCUCUGCCACCUCUCCAGCUUCGUCUCCUCUGCGCCCCCCGUUGGAGGAUGAGGAUGCUCCUUCGGAGCAGCCUUGCGGUGAUCAGAGCACAGUGGAACAGCGGUCGCCCCAGCGGGAGGAGAAAGCGUCGACGUCUUCGGGCUCGGUCAUCAGCUCACUGAUUGGCGGUAGAAGCCGUAUCGUCAAAACUACCAUCGUGACAGAGCUCACCCGCGUGGAGCCGCCCACCCCAGAUAUCACCAGCAACGGGAAGGUCCGGGACACCUUUGGGUUGUUGGAGAAUCCAGCAGCGGAGGAGAGUGAGACUGUGUCAGCAGUGUCCCCCUGCAGCGCGCAGGCAUAUUCGCCCACCGUCACAGAAGGACUCGAGGAGAGCAGCGUGACCAUUGAGACCCCCAUGUUGAACUUGGCUAAGCGUGUUAAUCACUGGGUCUGGGACCCCAAUGAGGAACGUAAACGCCAGGAGAGGUGGCAGCAAGAGCAAGAGCGCCUCCUACAGGCGCAGUACCAGAGAGAACAAGAGAAGCUGAAGGAGGAGUGGGAGAGAGCACAGAGAGAGGUGGAGGAGGAAGAGAGGAAACACAAUGAGGAGGAGAGACGGAUUCUGGAGGAGACGGCGGCACCCCUCCAGCACUCUGCCUCGUCCAUUCAGCCGGCGAGUCAGACCGGGGCAGGCCCACCGCCUCAGAUAGGCCAUCGAACAGGAGGACGGGCCGCUUCCACGGAGCACAACGGCCAGAGAGUCUUGGCGGGGAACGAGGACCAGCACGCAUCCAAGCUCCAUUUUUUCCAGGAUUCAUCGUGUAAUAGUGAGUCCUCAAAAAAGACGGAAAUGUGGAAGACAUCUUCUCUGGACCGCAACGCUCAGAUAUCCCAGACUAAUGCUGUUAAGAGGUCUGGAUCCCACGACAAUGUGAUUGGCACACAUCAGUCACCAUCAUCAGUGCCUCAGCCUCCCUCACCUAGCAGGUGUGUUAGUGGGAAGAGACUAUGUUCUGGUUGUUCUCAGCCACUUGGGAAAGGAGCUGCAAUGAAUAUCGACACAUUGGGGCUGUUUUUCCACAUACAAUGUUUUAAGUGUGGCGUGUGUGAUGGUCAGCUCGGCGACACAAGCACAGGGACGGAUGUGAGGAUUCGUAACGGACUGCUUAGCUGUCAUGAGUGUUACAUCGCAUCUCGUGGUGGCGGCCAGCCCACUACGCUAUGAUAAGCUAUAGAUGGACUCAUCAUCGCCGUCACGGGAAAAGAACAAUGUGGAUAUCUUGAAUCCUGCCCCCCCCCCCAAGCAUUGUGGAAUUUUAUGGAAGAUUCUUGGAAUCUUAAAUGCCGGGGACAAAAAAAACAAAACAACUUUGGAAUCCUUUCCGGGAUUCCGGAAACAGCUCUGCGGAUGUGAUGGAAAGUGGACCUGGCCAGGUCGACGUGAAACCCACAUGCGCAUGCAGUUUCAACGUGGACACACACGCUUCUUUUGCUGCACAGAAUUAAUAAUGCAAGAAUAAAAUCGCCGCGUUUAGGUCUCUCUCCGCUCACGCUUAACCGCACCCACGGGAGUCAAAAGCAUCCUGCUCUCGCCACCUUAGGAAAGCUAAACGCCGCUGUCUCUAACGCAGCGGUUCCUUAGUCCGUGACUUGACGGAGACCCCUGAACCCCCCGCCUGUCCGUGGACUCCAUCGUGUGAGUGUGUAGCUGCUCCUGAGUGGAUCACCUUAUGUAGCUUGACUAUUAUAAUGCCUUACUCAUACCUUCUGGUUUGCUUUUGGGGUUUGCGUUUACAGUUUUGCAUGAAUUAAGAUCUUACAUACAUAAAUUAUUGUAAGUAUUGCUCAGAUGGCAAUGUGGUGUGAAAUGGACUUAGAGGUUGUUUUUU